UCCUAGCUGAUCACCUGCCGUUUCUUCAUCAGUCACGUGCUCGGAUACAUCUGGACAGAGAAACUUCCAAAUUAGGAAAAGUUCAAAGGUUAAAGUUUAAGGACAAGAGAGAAGUCAAUGACUGUAAUACUGGAGGAUAAAGAGAAAUCAUCGCCAACAAACAGUGCUUUAUAAGUGGAUAUUUGAAUCGCAGGCAACGGACCAAUAUUGUGAUCAAAUUAGUAUCAGCGAGCACGUGUUCAGAGCGUCCUUGGAUACGAGCGCCCUGAUCUAGAAAAUACGUUCGCUUAGUCAUUAUCACUAUGAAUGACGAUUUUUCUCUGUAUCAUAUACCAAAUGUUACUAGUAAUCACACUGCAGUUCUGGAUGUAUUCGAAACAUCUACAAUGGGAAAUUACGUGUCAACCGUGGAAGAAAUUUCAGGACUUCGAAAAUUCGAAGAGUGGUAUAAACCUAUUCAUGGGUACCUAGCCGCAAUCGUAUGUGUUUUCGGAGUGAUCGCUAAUAUACUGAAUAUUGUUGUGUUGACUAGAAAAAAUAUGCAAACUUCUACUAAUGUAAUUCUUACUGGAUUAGCCAUAUCUGACGGAGUAACAAUGGCUGCCUAUUUCCCGUGGGCUUUAUGGAUGUAUAUUAUAUACGGAACUGAUGUCAGCCUGAAACGUGACACGCUUGAAUGCGCUCAUUUUCAGAUGUGGUAUGCUAUUUUUAGUGUGAUCGUUCACUCUAUUUCAAUAUGGCUGACUGUGACACUCGCAGUGUUUAGGUUUAUUUUCAUCCGUUUCCCACGACGAGGAACCCGAUAUUGUAAUAUUCAACGAGCAAAACUGGCAGUUGUCCUCGUCGUUGUCGUUGUAGUCAUCGUAUGUAUACCAAAUUCGGUCAAUUACGAAAUUUACAAUGGGAUUGAAAGAGUAAUUAUCGGACCCAAAGGUGGAAACGGAACAGUGUAUUGGGUCAAUCCAAAGAAAAAUAACGCCUUCCAGGAAUUCAUCAACAAAUUUAAUUUCUGGGUCCAGGCACUGCUUGUGAAACUUCUACCAUGUGUGAUGCUCACAGUAUUCAGUUUUCUCCUCGUUAAAACGAUGAGAGAUGCCGAAAAACGCCGAAAGAAGUUAUUGAACAAGACCCCAAUCUCCGACGGAGAAAGUGGAGCCACCUCGAGUGGAGGAGGAAAUCACAAAAAGAACAAGAAAAGCAACCGCAAUAACCGAACAACCACCAUGCUGCUUCUGGUGGUAUUGCUGUUUCUUCUGACGGAGACCCCCCAGGGAGUUUUGAGUGUUCUUAGCGUGCUCAUUGACGGUUUUUUCGUGAACGUUUACACUCCUCUCGGGGAUUUACUAGACAUUGUGGCCUUGAUCAACAAUGGAAUAAACUUUGUUCUCUAUUGUACGAUGAGUAAACAAUUCCGAGACACAUUUUUCAACAUUUUCCUUCGGAACUCUCCGGGAGAUCGACGAAAGACUACGACGACGUACAUCACUACGCAACAGACUCAUGCUACGAAGGAUUCCGACGUGUAACGCACGUAACGCACGUGUAAAUAAGUGAAGAAUGAAUGCAUGGACGUGUAAUUCACCAGCGAAUUAUGACAUUAACAUAUAAAUAUAAUACAUAAUUGAUUAUAUAGAUGAAAAACGUGUUCAUUCAAAUUGGAAAAGUACGAACAUAUGGAUCGCACGUGCAUGUAUGCUAAUAUGACAAAGACAUUUUAAAAAUAACGUUAUUUUUUCUAGCAUUACAAUAUGUCUAUGAUAUAAAAUGCACGUGUAUUGGCAUGGAAAUCGCACGUGAUAUGUAAAAAGACUCGCCAUCACGUGAUAUUAAAACUAUGUGAAUAAUUACGUAAGAUGGUUAUGGAUUAUAAAUGAUCUUGUAAAUAAACGUUGUAUUCUCCAUGAACAAUUUAUUGAAUGGAACAUAUACAUCCAUAAACUAUUAAUCAUUCUAGUUACAGAUGUUGUAAAGUAAUUAGUUAUGAUAUUGUGUUAUAUUCAAUAUGUUUCUGAUUGUGUUUCUCCAAAAAAAAGUUACCAUGGUUCUUAGCUUAAUUUUGAUUUCAUUUCUAUGAAUACUGACAACAAUUUACUUCAAAUCAAUGUUUAAUCUUACCUUCGUUCAGUUAAAUUUUCUUUUUCAUUGUCCUGCCGAUAAACUUGAUUUUAGGUGACUUAAUUUUUACAUCUAAGCCAUUUCCUUAUUCUGAAUUUUUAUUCUGAAGAAUAAAAUCAAGAAUUUCCACUGUAUGCGUCAAUAUAAACAUUGUUAUAAAUUAUACAAGUCAAUUUUUUGUUGUGUCCAUGACGCUUUUUUAAGAUAUUAAUGUACGUCUUUGUUGUUUUUAUUACUAGAUAGACUUUGCUAUUGUGUAUGCUAUUUUUAUGAAUUAUUUUGUGACCCAGAUAUGACGUCAACUCUGAAUAGUUAGAAUACGCCAGGCUAAGCGACAAUAUUAUUAUCUGAUGUGCGUUCCUCAUCGGGUUUGUACCUCUUCGGAAUAGAACGCGCCAUAGGCAGAACCGAACCAAACCGGUUCGUCUGGUUCUUCAACGAUGGCGGAACUCUGAUACUACAUGUACUUUUUUUAAUUAAAAACGAGAGUGGAAAUCUUUAAUUUGCCAGUUUAAAUGUGUAAAUUACAUAUAUAGAUACAUGAUAAGUUUAAUUUUAAACCUGUAACAUGGUUAAAAAGCAAAUGAUUGAUUUUUGACGCAAAUGUUUUGUAGAGACUGCCGCCAUCCAUUAUAUGGUAGUGUCUAUUCGAUACAAUUGGUACAAACAUUAAAUUGAACACACGGUAAGUUCCAAAACAAGUGCCACAUUUACUGGAAUCACUCUGUUCCAUUGGUCCUUAGCUAUCUCUAAAAGAUAUUUUAAGUAUCAGUUUAAGGUUUAAAUAAUUGAAUAAAAUAUCGGCAGAUUAAACGUCGCGACCUUCUGGGUGAGGGAAAUUUAAAGACCAGUGGAAAUUACUGACUCCUUUCCAAAUACAGGGUAGUUGAAACAAUAAUUGUAUUGUAUUAAUUUUAUGCUUCACAAGUUCUGAUACUGUAUCAACAUCCUCGUUCAUUAAAUGCAAUAUUACAUGAAAUAUUUUGAUCAUCAUAUAAGUGGCCAUAACCUUUUUCAUUUAUAUAACAAUCAAGUUCUUUUUAUUAAAUCUCAUCAAAACCAAAUCUAAGUUCCAAUCCAACUACACUGUGUUUUAUUGUGUAAAUUGAAUUAAAGAGCUGGUUUUCAACAAGUUAUUAUAUAUUAUAGAUAUUAUAGAUGAUGCACAUUUUCAUAAACUCCUUUUACUAUUUUCUGCAUAACAAAGUUUGAUAUUUUUAUCUUAGACAAUUCACUAGUUCAAUCUGACAUUGCUUAUAUACUAAAAAUAGAAAAGGACGAAAAACGUAACGAAACGAAAUUGAAAUAAAACGCUGGACUGGUCAGAUGGUCUUUCACCAAGGCGGUCGGGGUUCGAAUCCCCGGUCGAACGAUAAAAGAUGUAGUGGUCACUUGCCUGGCCACGUGGGUCUUCUCCGAUCACUCAGGUUUCCUCCCACAGUAAGACCUUUCGUGCACUUCCAUCCGGGCCAACAAGAGCGAUUAAUAUAAGUCGUGGAAUUUACAUAAUUUGUUGAAAAAAAUUUUUUUAAUAAAUUUCACAAAACGGACUUGGAGUUAAUUUCAUUUCAAUUCAAUUUCGUUUUUUUUCCUUUUAUCUAUAUGCCAGUUAUACAUUUACAGUCGUAUACAUAACGUAUAUAUUAAUAUGUGUAUGUGUAGUUUUAUUAUUGUUAACUUGCUAUCUUCCUUUCGCAAUAUGGUUUUGAUUUGUCAAGAAAUCCAACUUCCUGUAGAUACAUUAUACAAAUAUAUCAAAACUACUGCUGAUUUGAAACAAAUGUAAUAUCUAUAACAUUUCAAAUAAUGAUGCACAGUUAAGGUAUAGUGUCCCACCGCAUUAAACCUAAUCUCUAACGAAGAAGAGUUCUUAUCUGUUUUAGAGAGUUCUAGCAUAGAGCUUAUUUUUGUUAUUGUUUAGCAGAUAAUUUCAAAAUUAUAAAUCUCUAUGAGCUUACAACACGUAAUUUACCUUUAAUAACGAAUGUCUGCAUACAGUAGAAAGUGGUGGGGCAGUCUACCUUAACAGGACGAACUUUAGAAGGUCUGUAUGCAGUAAAAGAAAUGGUGGGGCAUCCGUCCUAAGGAGGACGAAGGAGACGAAGAAGAAAUGUAUGUAGUAGAAAAGUGGUGGGACAAGUUACCUUAACAGGAAAAUAACUUAGGAAGGCC